AUGUGUGAAACAAAGUUAAAGUUACAUGUAGUUUUAAUAGUUUUAUGUUUAACGUUUAAAGGCCUACAUGGUAUAGAAGACAAUCUAUUAUUCUCCGUGACGCGAGCACCACGUUACUUCGGCAUCCUGCAGGACCACCGCGGACAGCCACUCUCGGUCGAGGUAUCCGAGGAGUAUAUGGAUCAGGAUUACAUCGCCACUAACAGGAAGCGACACAAGAUAGAUUGGAAUAAGAACCCUCUUGACAUGGAUGACUUUGACGACGACGACACAGAAGAAACCUUCGAUGAUAAGGACAAGGAUGUGAAAGUACCAAAUAAAUACAACCUACAGGCCGGACCAGUAUAGUGUAUAGUUAGAAUAUCUAAGUAAAGCUGUCAACU